CUUAAGUACACCAGCCCGUUCGGGCAUGCGCAGUUUAAUAGGACUUCUACUUUCUUUUUGAACUUCUUAUUUGUACGUCUUAAAAAUGUCGACAGGAUUUGGAGGAGGAUUUAAUUUUACAAAGCCAGCAACGACAGCAGCUACAACUGCUGCUUCAGGUGGAUUUGCAUUUGUAACAAGCACACCGGCAGCAGGAGCCGCUCCCACUGGAGGAUUUAACUUUGGAACACCAGCAGCUGUGACAAAAACAACCACUUCCUCUACAGCACACAGUACACCUUUUGGGACUCCAGCUACUACUACAAGUUCUGGUUUAACUCUUGGCCAGCCAGCCUCAACAGUGACAGGAUUUUCGCUAGGAGGUAUGUCUGCUACCACGUCGGCAAGCUCUGGCUUGUUUGGGACAGCUACAGGAUCUACCAGCAGUUCAGCUGCACCUUCAUUUGGUUUUUCUAAACCACUGUCAGUAGGAACCCAGGCAACAACAACCAGCUCCAGUUUAGGUCUUAGUGGUGGUCUUAAACUUGGAACAGCAACAACAUCAUCAGCACUUAGUGGAGGUCUUAAGCUUGGCACGACAGCAUCUUCAACUUUAGGUGGAGGCCUCAAACUCGGCACAACAGCCUCAUCAAUGCUAGGCGGAGGUGUAGGAGGAUUUGGUUUGACCACUGGUGGAGCAUCUACACUUGCGGGUGGCAGCAUAUUUGGUCAAAAUGUAGCUAAGACAACAUCAUCAGGUUUAGGCGGAGUUGAUCCAAAAACAACCACUUCUACAGCCACAAGUAAUUCUGGCAAACCUGGAGAAAAUAAAACAGUGAAGGAGACGCCUGUGGAGAACAAUAUUUUACUUGAUGUUGAUGAACUAAGAAAAUUUGUAAAAGAUGAGAAGAGUGAAAUGGAACAGAUGAAGAGAAUGUCAUCAACACCUAUGGUUAAAGUUCAGGAAGACAAUGCUGCCCUCAAACAACUCUUGUCAGUGGUAUCAAGUGGACUGCAGAAAAAUGCAUGUGCUGUGGAUAAACUAAAGAAAGAAAUGACGCAGGAGUUAAAGAAUGCAGAAAUGGCUAUAAGAACUAAAGAGACUCCACCAGGCUUGCAGUAUGAGAACACAGCUCCUACAUUAUACUUCCAGAAUGUAAUAGAGAACUUUGAGACACAGAUGUUAACAUACAGACAGCAGAUAGAGAUGUUGGAGAAUCAUCUGUCCUCCUUACAUCAGCCAAACAGACUCACACCCGAAGAGUUGAUACUGUUGUUGAGAAAACUUCAUGAAGCCUUUGUUGCCAUGGCUGCACAGUUACAACACAUUCAUGAGGCUGUCAAGACUCAAAAAGACCACUACCUAAACUAUAGGAAAGUUUUCCAUGGUGAUAAUCGCAAUAUUUUUGAGCGUCAGAAAAAGGCUCCAGUGAAAGUCGAAACCAAGAGCCACACAGAUAUGUAUGGCCAGCCGCCAUUUCCCGGUGUCAACAAUGCAGCAGCUGUUGCCAUGGCUACAGCCCUUACUCGGACACAGCAACCACAACCAACAUCAGGAGCACCUCCAGUUACAGGAUUCAGUAAUUUUCAACCCUCUGCAGGGUUUGGUGCAUCCACAACUGGGUUUGGUGCAUUUGGGUCAGCAACACAAGCCUCCACCUUCAAAGGUUUUGGAACUGGAACAAACACAUUUGGGACUGGAACCAGCCUUUUUGGAAACACAUCAAACCUUGCUACAACCCAGGCUGGUUCUCUGUUCUCCAGCACUGUGCCAGGAGCAACGCCUCAGCUCAACCUCUCCACUGCAACAGAGCAGCCCUUUCAGCUCAAUAAACCUCCUGUGGGAUCCAAACGUGGCAAGAGAUAGAAGAUCUUCUAUAUAAUAUUGACAUGUUUAGGAAAGUGGCUAUAUCUUAAACAAUGGGUUGGGAGAUAUCCGUAUUGUUAAUAUAGUGACUCAACAACUUUCAGCAUCAGCAGAGACAAAAAAACCAAAACAGAUUGUAUUAAUGAUUUUUGUAUCAUACAUGUAAAGCUUUGUAAAAUUUGAAUCUGAUGAUGAAUAAAGUUAUUUAACUCAA